ACAGCUUUUGUCUGCCCUUUCUUCAUCCUGACUCUCGAGCUCUCCAUGGAGCUCUCCAUCGCGUUCUUUUGCUCAGCUCCCAUGCUGGGAGCCCUAGAAUGAACACCGAGGGAAGAUUUAGGGGAUGAGGUUAAUCCUUGCUGUAGGACUGUUGCAAACUGGGGAAAGAAAAAGAAACCAUCUAAGCAGCGGGUCAGCAUUGCAACAGAUGUUUGUAGAGAGCCUGGUGUGGGUGAGAUAUGGCCCCUAGGGGGAUGUGCAAGAGGAAGUUCAGUAAAGGCCCACAAAUCAGGGCAAACCGCACACUGAGGCCAGGGAGAGGAGAAAUGGGCUGGCUGGGGCUGGACUGGGGAAGGUUUUAUAGGAGGAGGUGAGUCAUGAGCCUCCUUCAAUUCCACUGGAGCCCGCAGUGAAGAAGCAGUGAUUGGAUUUGAGCCGUCCAGGUUUCGUUAUGGAGGAGAGAUAGCAGCUGCCACUGAGAGCUGACAGAACACUGAGGAUGCUGAAGUUCCGAACCAUCCGUGGGGGCCUGAGGCUCCUGGGGAUCCGCCGAGCCUCCACUGCCCCUGCUGCCUCCCCACACGUCCGGCGCCUGGAGUACAAGCCCAUCAAGAAGGUCAUGGUGGCCAACAGAGGUGAGAUUGCCAUCCGUGUGUUCCGGGCCUGCACGGAGCUGGGCAUCCGCACCGUGGCUGUCUACUCGGAGCAGGACACAGGCCAGAUGCACCGGCAGAAAGCAGAUGAAGCCUACCUCAUCGGCCGCGGCCUCGCCCCGGUGCAGGCCUAUCUGCACAUCCCAGACAUCAUCAAGGUGGCCAAGGAAAACAAUGUGGACGCGGUGCACCCUGGCUACGGGUUCCUGUCAGAGCGCGCGGACUUCGCCCAGGCCUGCCAGGAUGCCGGGGUUCGGUUCAUUGGGCCGAGCCCUGAGGUCGUCCGCAAGAUGGGAGAUAAGGUGGAGGCCCGGGCCAUCGCCAUCAGUGCAGGUGUCCCCGUGGUCCCUGGCACAGACGCCCCCAUCACCUCCCUGCACGAGGCCCAUGAGUUCUCCAACACCUACGGCUUCCCCAUUAUCUUCAAGGCCGCCUACGGGGGCGGGGGACGUGGCAUGAGGGUCGUGCACAGCUAUGAGGAGCUGGAGGAAAACUACAACCGGGCCUACUCGGAGGCUCUGGCUGCCUUUGGGAAUGGCGCACUGUUUGUGGAGAAGUUCAUUGAGAAGCCACGCCACAUCGAGGUGCAGAUCCUGGGAGACCAGUACGGGAACAUUUUGCACCUGUACGAGCGAGACUGUUCCAUCCAGCGGCGGCACCAGAAAGUGGUUGAGAUUGCUCCUGCUGCCCACCUGGACCCCCAGCUUCGGACCCGACUCACCAGUGACUCUGUCAAACUUGCUAAGCAGGUGGGCUACGAGAAUGCGGGCACCGUGGAGUUCCUGGUGGACAAGCACGGCAAGCACUACUUCAUCGAGGUCAACUCCCGCCUGCAGGUGGAGCACACCGUCACCGAGGAGAUCACUGAUGUGGACCUGGUCCAUGCCCAGAUCCACGUGGCCGAGGGCCGGAGCCUGCCCGACCUGGGCCUGCGGCAGGAGAACAUCCGUAUCAACGGCUGUGCCAUUCAGUGCCGGGUCACCACCGAGGACCCCGCGCGCAGCUUCCAGCCAGACACUGGCCGCAUCGAGGUGUUCCGGAGCGGAGAGGGCAUGGGCAUCCGCCUCGAUAAUGCAUCUGCCUUCCAAGGAGCUGUCAUCUCCCCGCAUUAUGAUUCCCUGCUGGUCAAAGUCAUUGCCCAUGGCAAAGACCACCCCACGGCUGCCACCAAGAUGAGCAGAGCCCUUGCUGAGUUCCGCGUCCGAGGUGUAAAGACCAACAUCCCCUUCCUGCAGAAUGUGCUCAACAACCAGCAGUUCCUGGCCGGCACCGUGGACACCCAGUUCAUCGAUGAGAACCCGGAGCUAUUCCAGCUGCGGCCUGCACAGAACCGGGCCCAGAAGCUGCUACACUACCUCGGUCAUGUCAUGGUGAACGGCCCAACCACCCCGAUCCCCGUCAAGGCCAGUCCCAGCCCCACAGACCCCAUUGUCCCUGCAGUGCCCAUAGGCCCACCCCCAGCUGGUUUCAGAGACAUCCUGCUGCGGGAGGGGCCUGAGGGCUUCGCUCGAGCUGUGCGGAACCACCAGGGGCUGCUGCUGAUGGACACGACCUUCCGGGAUGCCCACCAGUCACUGCUGGCCACUCGUGUGCGAACCCACGAUCUCAAAAAGAUUGCUCCCUAUGUUGCUCACAACUUGAGCAAACUCUUCAGCAUAGAGAACUGGGGAGGAGCCACGUUUGAUGUUGCCAUGCGCUUCCUGUAUGAGUGCCCCUGGCGGCGGCUGCAGGAGCUCCGAGAGCUCAUCCCCAACAUCCCGUUCCAGAUGCUGCUGCGGGGGGCCAACGCCGUGGGCUACACCAACUACCCCGACAAUGUGGUCUUCAAGUUCUGUGAGGUGGCCAAAGAGAACGGCAUGGAUGUCUUCCGGGUUUUUGACUCCCUCAACUACAUGCCCAAUCUGCUACUGGGCAUGGAGGCAGCCGGCAAUGCUGGCGGUGUGGUGGAGGCCGCCAUCUCCUACACGGGUGACGUGGCCGACCCCAGCCGCACCAAAUACUCACUGCAGUACUACAUGGGCCUGGCUGAAGAGUUGGUUCGAGCUGGCACCCACAUCUUGUGCAUCAAGGACAUGGCAGGGCUGCUAAAGCCAGUGGCCUGCACCAUGCUGGUCAGGUCCCUCAGGGACCGCUUCCCUGACCUCCCGCUGCACAUCCACACCCACGACACAUCAGGGGCAGGUGUGGCAGCUAUGCUGGCCUGUGCCCAGGCUGGGGCCGAUGUGGUAGAUGUGGCAGCUGAUUCCAUGUCCGGGAUGACUUCACAGCCCAGCAUGGGGGCCCUGGUGGCCUGCACCCGAGGGACUCCCAUGGACACAGGGGUGCCCCUGGAGCGCGUGUUUGACUACAGUGAGUACUGGGAGGGGGCCCGGGGAUUGUAUGCGGCCUUUGACUGCACGGCCACCAUGAAGUCUGGCAAUUCGGAUGUGUAUGAGAAUGAGAUCCCAGGGGGCCAGUACACCAACCUGCACUUCCAGGCACACAGCAUGGGGCUUGGCUCCAAGUUCAAGGAGGUCAAGAAGGCCUACGUGGAGGCCAACCAGAUGCUGGGCGACCUCAUCAAGGUGACACCGUCCUCCAAGAUCGUGGGGGACCUGGCCCAGUUCAUGGUGCAGAAUGGGCUGAGCCGGGCAGAGGCUGAAGCCCAAGCAGAAGAGUUGUCCUUCCCCCGCUCCGUGGUAGAGUUCCUGCAGGGCUACAUUGGCAUUCCCCACGGGGGGUUCCCUGAGCCCCUUCGCUCUAAGGUGCUAAAGGACCUGCCAAGGGUCGAGGGGCGGCCCGGAGCCUCCCUCCCUCCACUGGAUCUGCAGUUGCUGGAGAAGGAGCUGAUUGAACGGCACGGGGAGGAGGUGACACCAGAGGAUGUGCUCUCAGCAGCCAUAUACCCCGAUGUCUUUGCACACUUCAAGGACUUCACAGCUACUUUUGGCCCCCUGGAUAGCCUCAAUACCCGCCUCUUCCUGCAGGGACCCAAAAUUGCAGAGGAGUUUGAGGUGGAGCUGGAGCGGGGCAAGACACUGCACAUCAAAGCCCUGGCUAUAAGUGACCUGAACCGCGCUGGCCAGAGGCAGGUCUUCUUUGAGCUCAAUGGACAGCUGCGGUCCAUUCUGGUCAAGGACACUCAGGCCAUGAAGGAGAUGCACUUCCACCCCAAGGCUCUGAAGGAUGUGAAGGGCCAGAUCGGGGCGCCCAUGCCUGGGAAGGUGAUAGACAUCAAGGUAGCAGCUGGGGGCAAGGUGGCCAAGGGCCAGCCCCUGUGUGUGCUCAGCGCCAUGAAGAUGGAGACUGUAGUGACUUCACCCAUGGAGGGCACUGUCCGCAAGGUCCACGUAACCACAGACAUGACACUGGAGGGUGAUGACCUCAUCCUGGAGAUUGAGUGAUCUUGCCCCAGAUUGGCAGCCUGGCCGUACCCACCCCAAGCCUUCAAUAGACACUGAGCUGCCAGGGCAGGCCCAGGCCAGCCAGUGCCCAAGGGCAGAAAGGCCUAGCCCUGGAGCUCCUGUCCUCAGCUGCUUGUGGCAGGAGACGCACUGCCUGCUGUGGCACAUUCCCUUCCUCCAGCCAUCUGUCUUUUCCCUGCUGGACAGCUGCUCAGAUAUUCAUCUCUUGCCAAAUAAGGGUCCUCAACUUGGAGACUACAGGUGGUGGUGUAGGUGGGCCUAAGACCCAGGGGAGCAAAUUUAGGGGUCCUACCUCUUAGGGGAAGAGCUAGGCUCCAAGUCCUGAGAACUUUGCUCAAUAAAACUGGCUUCCCCUACCCUU